AUUCUUGCCGCGCUGAUACAUAUUGCUCCACUGCUUCUUACACUUGCAUGGUAGUUGGUCCCAACGUCGGCUCACAUUGCCCCGGUAGUAUCGCCGCUAGGGUUGGAUUCCCACACACAUGACCCGGUCCUCAGACAACUGGUCCCUAUUCCGCCCCGCGUCCCUGUUGAAAGACGGCCUCAUUCCCUUCCAUGUCGAAUGCGCGGGCUGCAGCCUCGCAAUAGUGCAGGUCACAAUCCCCAUAAUCCUGACUCAGACUCACCUGCGCUAGACGCAGCCUCUGUCGAACUUGUAUCACUCGACCACACGAAACAGCCCUCAGACUCUGCCAGAGAAAAAGAGGCACAGCGACUCCGAAAACGACUGCAGAAACUCGAGCAGCUCGCCGAAAGAGAAGAGAUGAAGUUUUCCCACAGCAUCCAGUUCAAUGCUGUUCCGGAUUGGAGCAGCAACUACAUCUCCUACAGUAAUCUCAAGAAAUUGAUUUAUGCUCUCGAGAAACAAAUAAACAGACCUCCCGGCGAGCCUCAGGAUGAGGAGAGCACCUCAUUGCUGGGUGGCCAGCUGGACCCAGACACCACAUUCCGGCGUAUGUUGGACUCGGAGCUGGACAAGGUCUGCUCCUUUUAUAGACUGAAAGAGCUUGAAAUAUUCGGCGAAGUGGAUCAAAUUGCAAAGGAUGUAGAGGACUACAAGCACGAGACAGAAGACAUGGAUAUGGAGGAGGUGGUCGAGAGUGAGAAUCGACGCAAAGUUGGACGAUCGCACAGUAUUUUCAACACUCCGUUUCAGCGAAAACGGAGGGCUUCCACCAUGAGCACGAGUAUUGAAGAACGGGACGACAGCGAUAGUGAUGCUGAAGACCGCACAGCCAUGAUCAGGAAGAAGCCCAACGGGAAGCCAAGGAGCAAGAGCGGCUAUGAUACCGGUCCCAAUCGUGCAGAGAUGGCCGAGUCAAGAGAAGACCUACACGCUCCAGAUUCACCAGUCUAUCUUAGAAGGAGGCCUAGUUUGGCGUUGGAUCUGGAAGGUUCCGACCCAGGAGCAAUGUCUGCGCUCUAUGAUUCAGCCAUCACCCUCAAGAAAAGGACCAUCGGUCUGUACGUCUCGCUAUGCGAACUGAAGUCGUUCAUCCAACUCAAUCAGACGGGUUUUAAGAAAGCUUCCAAAAAGUACGACAAGGUAUGCAACCGGGACAUCCGGAAGGACUAUAUGGACAAGGUGGUCAACCCGUCCUACCCAUUCCUCGAGACGACCAUGACCCACGUGGACGAGCAGAUCCUCAAGACCGAAAAGGUUUACGCGGACGUCGUCACCAAGGGCGAUGUAGAGAUGGCUAGAAAAGAACUUCGACUCCAUCUCCGUGAACACGUCGUGUGGGAGAGGAACACUGUCUGGCGAGAAAUGAUUGGUAUCGAACGCAAAGCACAAGCCGCCAAUUUUGGAAUUAAGCAGACUCUGCUGGGUGGCAUCCAAAAUCCUUCAGAAGCCCGAUUACAGGGGGACAAAGACCAAGUCGAGACCAAGCAAGUUCGCACUCCUCUGGGCCGUUUCACGUGCCCAAAGUGGUUGUUCAGCUCGAGCUUCUUUGCUCUCGUCGCCAUUCUGGGUGUAUUCAUGGUCCUGCUGUUUGUCCCUAUCAUGAAGAAACCCGAACAACAGAACUGUCUGGCCAUGCUCAUCUUCGUAUCAUUACUUUGGGCCACUGAGGUCAUCCCGCUUUUCGUCACCUCAUUACUGGUCCCGUUCCUCGUGGUUGUCCUUCGCAUCAUGCGGUCCGAAGACAAGCCACAUGUACGUCUCGACUCUAAAGCAGCAACAAAGGCAGUCUUUGCAGCAAUGUGGACACCGGUCAUCAUGUUACUACUUGGUGGUUUCACCAUUGCCGCGGCCUUGUCGAAAUAUCACGUUGCGAAGAUGAUGGCCACUUUUGUCCUCAGCAAAGCCGGCACAAAGGCGAGAACGGUACUCAUCACGAACAUGUUUGUGGGUAUGUUUUUGAGUAUGUGGAUAUCCAACGUGGCAGCGCCGGUGCUGUGCUUCAGCAUUAUCCAGCCUAUACUUCGGAACCUGCCUGCGGACAGCAACAUGUCGAAGGCCCUGAUUCUCGGCAUUGCUUUGGCGUCGAAUGUCGGUGGGAUGGCCUCUCCGAUCGCGUCACCCCAGAACAUCAUCGCGCUGCAGAACAUGAAACCCACUCCUAGCUGGCUCAUUUGGUUCUUCAUCGCCCUGCCCGUCUGCAUUAUCAGCAUCGUGCUGAUCUGGCUGUUGCUUUUGGUAUCGUUCAAGCCUGGCAGAGGUACCACAAUUGUACCGAUUCGACCCAUGAAGGACAAACUGAACGGCAUACAGUACUUUAUCAUCUCUGUCACGUUACUCACGAUUGUGCUAUGGUGCACCUCACACCAGUUGGAAGGUGUGUUUGGGGACAUGGGCGUCAUCGCUAUCAUUCCUAUGGUCUUGUUCUUCGGCACCGGCAUCCUCACCAAGGAAGACUUCAACAAUUUCUUGUGGACCAUCAUCAUCCUGGCUGCUGGUGGGUUGAGUCUCGGAAGGGCUGUCUCCUCGUCCGGCCUCUUGCAUACCAUUGCGAAAAGCAUUACGGAUGGUGUGGCGGAUUUCUCAAUCUAUGGCGUGCUCGUUGUUUUCGCCGCGCUUAUUCUUGUGGUCGCGACGUUCAUCUCGCACACUGUCGCGGCGUUGAUCAUCCUACCUCUUGUCCAACAGGUUGGCUCCAGUAUGAACGAACCGCAUCCGAAUCUGCUGGUCAUGGGCGCCGCGCUAAUGUGUAGCGCUGCCAUGGGUUUGCCGACGAGUGGAUUUCCCAAUAUGACUGCAAUCAUGAUGGAAGUUCCCGAGACUGGCGUACGAUACCUCCAUGUCAAGCACUUCCUUACGCGGGGCGUACCGUCCUCGAUCCUCGCCUUUGGAGUUGUCAUUACUGUGGGCUACGGCCUGAUGUUGGCUGCGGGAUUGUAGUUAUGAUGAAGCAGGGUAUUCCCUAUAGGUAUUAUUUGUGAAUGGGAUGUGUGUAUGCUGGAUAGUAGAGGACAGGCAUAUUGCGAUAAAUAGAAGGUGUGCACUCGGGAGUGCUCGUACGGACGAGAUCUCGUGUCUCGCCUGGGGCAGAACAGUCUUGAUACACUAAUACCUAAAUACCAUUUGUCUUUCUGCACACCCAUUCGAGCAUCUUG